GAAAGCGAAAGUAGGAAAUUUUAAUAGUCUAUAAAUAAUUUUAUUGUUGUGAAAAAGGUUUUAUCAUAUACACUGUUUUCAUUCCUGUUUGUAUUACGUCAGGAUUUUAUCAUUGCGUUAGGCACUGGAAAAACAACGAGAUCAACAACAUUUGAGCAACAACAUACCAAGAAGAAACACAAUAUAAGUUGCAAAUCGACCAAAAAAACAACAGAAGAUAGAAAAGUAGCCUGAAAAUGUCCGAGAAAACCGAAAAGAAAAAGAAGUCGAAACACAAACAUAGACACAUGUCAGCUGACGAGAUUGACAGUGUGGUGGACAAGGAAGUCGGCAAGGCAAUGAAACAGAUGGAAAAGGCAAUGAAGCAGGCAAAGUUGGCAGAGAAGGAGAGCCGACGGGCGUUCAAGCUAGGCAAGGACAUUCCGGAGGGCGUUAAUUACACCACCGGUACCGACGGCAAAGGAAUCAAGAUCAUUCACCAAACACACAAUUAUCCUGGGACUGUCGUGCAUAUUGAAAGUGCCAAAAAUAUUCAGGUUGGUUCCCACAACAACAUUGUCAUCAACCAACGACGGUCCGGUCGCUCCUCGCGCCACAGAGCCGGAAGUAGCUCUUCAGAUGAGGAUGAAUAUCGGGGAAGGGGUGGGGCAGAGGGCGGUGUCAAGGGGGAGGAAGGUCAAAAAGGCGGGGCUUUUGAUGAAGAAGUGCAGGCGAGAGUGGAUAGAUUAUUACAAUCAGAGCGAGAGAUGACGCCUGCAGAUGUAAGCACCGUCAGCGAGUUUGUUGGCAAAGAUUGGAGGAGAUUCCUUCGAAAUUUGGGUUUGGAGGAUGAAGCAAUAGAAGCAUUACGUCACGACCACCACGUGGACGGAUUACGUCAGAUUUUGUACGAGGGAGUGAUGACGUGGAAGAAACGUCGUGGGCGGGUCACGCUCGGGGAACUCGGGCGCGUGCUGCAGAAAACAGGACAAUACAGCGCUCUCUCUCGACUACGGGAAUAAAGAUGUGUUGUAAAUGUGUUUUCUAUGAAUGGAAGUGACGGUGAUUUUGAAAUGUUCCUUAAUUGCAAUCUGCUGGUUACAAUAUUUACAGCUAUCUCCGAUAAGUUUUGAUCGCAAAUAUUGUAAUGCACACACACACACACACACGCGCGCACAUAUAUGUAAACUAUAUAGGUCAUUUGUUUUCAAAAGUCUUUAAAAAACUGAAUGUUUCGAAUACUGACAAAUGUGUACAUAAUAAAAAAUUAAUCAUGAACAUGUUAAUGAUGUCUAUCAUAUUUU